GAAGACAGGGGAGUGUGCACUAAGUGUCCAUGUUCCACCGCUUAUUUCAAUUAAAUGGGAUAUCAACUCUUUAAGGGUCGGAGGAGGAUGCCGCCAUUAGCCUGAUAUGGAAUGCUAGGUUCACGCUAUGGCCUCGUCGGCUCCCAAGUCGAAGCUGAGCAGCUACAUACAGCGGCGUAUGGGACCUGCACCGUUCGCUUCAUUCGAGGACCUGAGCGACGACCUGGAGAGCCCUGAAGAGAAGUUGCCCCUGUCACGGCCUCUGCCAGGAAUCAGGGAGGACAUGACCCUCAUGUCACCCGGAUCUGCGGGGGGCGGCCUGCAAACCCCGUCCACGCCACGGAUAGACAUCUCUCGGGCGAGUAGUUCGUCUCACCAUGACAGCAACAACAGCAGGGACAGCUCCCCCGAGAGGGAGCUCUUUGCAGGUUCCAUUGAAGGAUCAGGCAUCAAACUGGGACUCGGUUUCAAGGAGGAGGGUGCCGCAGACCUGCGCUCCAGCACGGAGGAGUUGGACUUCCACGAAGAGCCAGGCACUGUGACGGAGCGCGAGGCACAGCAAAGACGGGAACGUCGACUUAUGAAGCAGCAUCAGCAGGCAGCGGUGUUAAAAUAUGAGCUAGAGGCGCAGAGUGAAAAGGAGCGCAAGGACUCAGCCUGCAGUGACGCAGGUUUGCUCUCCAUCAGUGGCCGCACUAGCCGCCUCUCCUCCGUCGGUUCGGGUGGAUCUGGAGCCUCUCACAUCUCUGGAAUGUCACAUCUCUCUGUGUUGUCUGGUCACUCUAUGGCUUCCAGUGGGCGAUCCCCUUCUCCCCACAAGAUGUUGCUGGAAACCUCAUUUUGUGGCAGCAAGCCCAUCCCCAUGCAAAGCGUAGAUAUAGAAUCACCAUCUAACAAGCAUGAAACGGAGUCCCUCGAGAAGGCACUGCUGUCCAGACAGGUAGACCCCACUGUAGCAAUUGUUGGGGAUAUAACAGUUGAGGAAGCUGUGCGGAAGAAGACUGUGUCUGAAGUCAGAGAGAAGCCACAAGUAGAGAAUGUGCAGAAAAAAUCUCAAACUAAAGACAGACCCCUGCAAGAGAGCGACACAGCGCACGUGGAAGAGACGCAGAAGAAGACCAGGGCCGAGGACAGGACCUCGAUGGAAAAAGAGCCACCUUGCAUGACGUACAGGAAUGAGUGGCAACUGAGGGACCGUGAUGAAUGGGGUCCUCACACGAAGCAAAAACCAGUGACCUUAAACCUGUCAGAGCAAGGCAAGAAGCCAAUAACAUUUUCACAGUUGGUGCAGCAGCAGACUGCUGACGUGACAUCUUCUGCGUCCCCAAAGCUGUCACGCCACACUGCCCUCAAAAAGACAGAUGACAGUGGAUCGCGGACUCCGUCUCCGUCGUCUGCGUCUCGCAAUGAGAGUGGCAUGCUAAGCCCUGAAUCGCCCACUGUUGCUUCUGGUAAGCGUAAGUCAAGUGGCUUCUCUACGAUUCUGAAGGAGGCAAGCGAGGGGCUGCGGGAGAGGAGCCGGUCCCGUAGUAAGAGCAGGGAGCGGGUCGUGCCCAGCGUGACAGUGGCAGCCUCUGAUGUCAAAGGAAAGAAGGACUACAAGAACAAGAAUGUCUUCUCAUCACUUUUCAAGAAGCGUGAUCGCAAGAAGUGGACCAAAACUACAGAAGGAAAUACGAUAUCACCUGUGGAUCUCUCCUCACCUGAGCAAAAGUUAUCUAUCAUAGAACCAAUCGGCAAUGUGGAAUUCACGUUCAACUCAGACGGGAACUACCAACCCUCAGAAUAUGGCAUGAUCCGCGCAGGAGAGAGACAGCAAGCUGGGGUAUCACAGGACGUUGUAGAUCACUUCACUAGAGAUGAUCAUGUGCUUUGGGAUGACAGUGCAAUGAGAGAUGAUCGUGCAGUUUGUGAAGAUCACGCAGCUAAGACUGAUCAUGUUGCUGUAAAUGAGCUUUCCAAUCGAGUGGCUAGAGUUGAUCUCGCUCCUCAGCGUGAUCACGUUGAAGAAGUUGUCAUGACUCGAGGUACCCUCACAGCUAUAGCUGAUCUUGCAAAUGAAGAUAACCAUGUUUCUAAAGUUGAUCGUGCAGCUAGAACUGAUAAUGCCACUAAAGAAAAUGGUAUCCCACAAAAUGAGAGUUUGCUGCCUUCUGAAUCGGUGAUGCUUCCGACGCUGUACCAGGAUAAGAUGGCCCUAGAGGACUCUCAUUCACUAACUCUAGACAACUCACAAAGCCAAUUUAUGCCUUCUGAGGAGGAUUCCAAAGUGACGAUGUUGUCAGGGGUACCAGACUCUGCCAGCAUAACAGACCAUCAUUCCUCUGAGUCGGAGAAGGACUCUGAGGCGGAGUUCCGACAUACCAAGAAGAAGCAGCAGCCACCAGAGAUAAAGCCUGAAGAGGAGGAUCAUGAGCGGAAGGGCCUGGUAGUGCAGCAGGACUCGUUCGAAGAUGAAUUACCUUAUGUACCUACUACACUACCACAAGAGCGAUCUGUGGCUGUGCCCAUGGUUCCCAUCAAACAACGCAUAGCUGAAGUGAAGACUUGCCCUAUUGAGCGCCCACGAAGCACCACGCCUAUCAAUCCGUCCCUGCUAGAGGACUACGUGCAAACUGAGGAUGUGCGUGAACAAGCUAUUGAGAAGAUGCGAAUAUGUCUUCCACGAGAGGAUUCAAUUAGUGGACGAGCCAAGAGUCCACGGCGUGUUACAAAGACCUGGUUUGAGUUUGCUGAGCAAGGUCUGCAAAGUCCACGUGAAUACCGCAAACCGUCUCUGUCACAGUCAUCUGAACGAAGUGUCUUGUCCCCAUCUCCGCCCCCACCACCGCUACCUCCUCGUGCCCAGGCGACACCACCACCCCAGACUCCACCUCCAAAGCCCACGGGGUGGAUCAAUUUUGAAGAGAUCCCAGAAAAGCGGAAACCUCCAAAACGGAUCCAGACCAUCCCUUCACGGGGCACCUUGGAUCUACCGUCAGAUUCUUCCAAACCGAUAGCAGCAGAAAACACUGUAUACAGUUACGUGAACCCUGAGGAGUGUAAAUGUGAAUGCCACGAGACAGCCGGGCAGGCCGCAGGACAGCAGCUUGCAGCAUCUGCUCCACUUCCAGUGCCACCACCACCACAGUGUUUGCACAGUAGCAUUAUGGCCGCUAAUGGGCAGUCCAACAUAUCUCGCCUCGAUGUGGAUUCUGCAGGUGAUCGACAUUCCUAUAUGAGCGAUUCAUCGUACGAGUUCCCGAGCCCGUAUAGCCUAGCUGACAAUGCUGAUUACUCUGAGGGUCUGAAGCCGAUGAAACCAUUUGGCAUGGACCUGGAUGUUACCAGCAACAGGAGCAGCAUCAUAUCUCAGGAUGAACCACAAUCGCCAGACCUUGGUUCUCCGAACGGCAAUGAAAGUUAGCUCUCGUGAAGGAAGACUGUUGAUGUUACUUGUUUUCUACAAUAGUUGUUUUGUUGUUUCUGCUCAAACCAUGAACCAGGGUGGCCACAUUGUAGCGUAGCUCACUCAUCACAUGUAAGUCUCUAGUCUUUCGAGAGCAGCAAUUUAGCAAGUAUCAUCUUUUUCUCUUACUAUAACUUUGUGUCUCAAGGCUGUGCAAGCAUGUUUAUUAGUCUAAGGCACUCUGAGAGUCAGCAGGAUUUCACAACCUUUCUUGAAGUUGCUGCACAGAUCAGAUCUUUUUAUAUAGUCUGAGUUACUGGAAGCAUUAUUAAAUGAACCACAAGUAAAUAAAUAAAGUUUGAAUUUAUAUGGAAUUGAAAAUUGACCAGGUCUAGAGCUUGCAAAAUUAUUUUUUAUUAUAUGCAUAGACAGGUGCAAACUGGCAGUCCUCUGACAUAUGUGGGAGUUUCACUUUAGCAAAUUAAUGAUACGCCACGCGUGAAGACUUAACACCAAAUCUUUCUCAGAAUUUUUCCAUAAUGAGUAAGGUUCAUACACAAAUUUACAUUUGUAUUAAAUACAUCCUAAUGGAAGUGAAGCUAUACAAUUUUAUAUUGUAAUCGACCUUAAUUAUUUGUAAUCUUUGAAGAAUUUCAGUUUGCUUUUUUAUAAAUAAAAGUAAACUAUAAUUACUUCAGUGUUAUUUUUCAGACAUUAUAAGUCUCCAUCAAAACUUUAAUAUCAAGACAUAAUUAAAUAACAAGUGAGCAGAUCAUAAAGUAAAUAAAUUAACAGGAAAGAUAUAAAACAAAAUGUUUAUCUACUCAGUAAAUUUUAACAUUUGGAAAAGAAGAACAACUGUUUUCCUCUUGUUUUUUUAUCCAUUUUCAUAUUUUCCUUUAACUCAGUUUGAUAUUUUAUUUGAAAUUCUAUUCGUUGGAUUCUGUCACUCUGUUUGUCUCACAGAAAGAAUCAGAACUGUCAGUAUAUACUUGAAUAAUACCAUAUUUUACUUGCUAUGUCUACAGAGGUAUUUGGAAAGGAAUUUUACAUAUUUGUCAAUUGUGGUCUUAUGGGUUGUGAUGCUGAGUAGUCUUGUUAUGUGGGUACCAACAUUUCAGAGGUACAUGAAAAUAGAGGCAGUAUGUUCCUCUGAAAUGUUGAUAACCACCUACAAGACUACACAUCACACACAACCCAUAAGACCACAAUCAACGUCUUCAAUGCUACGAGAACUAAAUCUCUCCUCGUCAACAUCAGCUGCAAGGUUUAGGCCUUUUGACCUGUUCUGAUACCCAGGUUAGUCAGAUUUGAUCCUUCAUCUCUUUGGUGGUCGACCUGUCUCUUUUCUUCCUUUAGGGUGGCAAUCAGACAGCUUACAAGGAGUUUGAUUAGUUGGCAAUAUUAAAAUAUGUUUAUUCCAAGCAGUUUCGUUGGUAUACUUUUACUUUCUCCUCCAUGUUGGUUCUUUCCUAAUAUCUAUGUUUCUCCUUUUAUCCAUUCUUUCACUUUCUUAAAUCUCUUAUAUAUACAUUUAAUUUUCUUUGCUUAUGCCAAAGUCUGCUGCAGACAAAUGGAAGAGUCUGAAUUGUGUAAUCAAAUUAUACACGGCAUUGCAAUAUAUUUAUUAUAGCUGAAUUUUUUAGGGCGUUGAUUCUGAUGUAGAAUCACAAUUUUAUUACUGGAUCAAUUGAUGAACAGCAGCAGGAGCGUAGAAAUUAAAACUGAAGACCAGUAAUUGGGUGAGGCAGUUUCAAGAAUGUGGUGGUUCAAAUCUGUAUUCCCAAAUUUUAUGCAGGAUGCUACCAUCUUGUAAGCGUAGAGAGCUAACAUGGCCAAGCCUUGCAUAUUUAGGCCUAAGCUCAAUCUUAGAUUUAUUGCGAAGACUGUUUAUAUUUCAAUUCUGCAUUAGACUUUUAGACUAAAACAAAGGUCCGCUAUAUGUGAUUUGUUUAUCAAUAGCUUCUUUCAUGGGGAGUUAGUUUUCAUGUACUUUCCAAGAACCUAAUGACAGUCGCUUAAUAUUUCAUACGUAUCAGAUAUCUCACAAUUAAAUAAUAUUUAGGAAUUCCAUUUCUGGAAUAUUGAUUAAACAAACAUAUUUUUCUACUGUAGAGAAAAUGUAAUAACAAAGAGAGAUUUUACAGAAUUAUUCUCUUUAGAAGUAUAUUUCUUUUGUUUUAUAGUGGAACCUAAUUUUUAUGGCAGCAGAUUAAACAAAUUGUUACUCAUGAAUGAGAGAUAAAUGCGUGCUUAAAUUUGAAAUGAAUAUGUUGAUCCAGGAAUUGACUGAGCCCAGAAAAGCUGCAUUGAGUCUUUGCCCUGUGCCACUUACCUCCCCAUCUUGCAGUAACUAUUUUCAUUACAUUGAACAAAUAUUCCUUCUUCUGAGUUCUUCUUUUGUUCGUAAUGCCCUUGUUGAGAUAUAUUUCAUCAUCACAAUAUGGUAAAACAUUUUUGUGUGCUUUUCUGAUUUCCACUGUUUCAUUCAGUCACAUUUGUGCCAUUCUGUCAAGGAUAUUUUCCAGCCUGCAGAAUGAUUACUUUCUCAUGCAUGUUUCCAAAACAACAGGUUUCAUAGGUACCUAUGUAUGACUGCAAAUGUUGAUGAAUAUAAAUCAUUUAUGUUGAGCAAACAAAAGCAAACUUCUGGUUUUUCAGUUUCUAAAUGAUGAUUGCUCAUAUAUCCUUUUUAUAUUGGUUAAGAACUGAUAUUUAAGCGUGGUGGAAAUUUGUUGGAUAUCCAGAAAAAAAUCUGGUUUUAUCAGCCCAGAUAUCAUGUCUUACACACAGACAAUAUUUUCUCAUUGCACUGGCUGUAUAGAAACAGCCUCUUUUGAAUCUAUUGCAGUGCAGACACUGUCGACAGAAUAUACUACUAAUACAAUUUAACAGGAACAUUUUUUUAAUUUUAUCAAAAUCACUGCAGAAUCUGAUUUUAUUUACAUAAUAUUAGUAUAGGUUGAAAUGUGCCUCUCCUCAUAUGGUUUUUCCCUAGAUGGCCCAAGUUUCUUCAGUCACUGGAAUUAUUUCCCAGGAUUCAUAAGCCGUGUCCAUGAGACGAAUGGUAGCGAUGAAAAACACACACAGACAUUCAUGUCACAACAAACAUUUAAACUCAUAAUCCUAGUGUUCGCUUGGCCUAAGACUUUGUCUACCUGAAACUUCAGGGCUGCUGCAAUAAGUAGCUUGGAAUGUACAUUUUAUGAAACUGUUAUUCAGUGGGAAAUAUGAGCAUCCUUGUAGAUCUUAAAGAGUUUUUAUGCUUUCAUAUUAUUGUAUAUAAACAGUUGCCUGCGGAGAUUCACAUUCAAGCCUUACAAAGUUUAUUUUAAACUGUCAUUAUAAGAAUUUGUUUUAUUGUCUGACGUGAAGACGGAAUACAGAUUUGAUUCAAGUGACUGACUACCUUGGAGUGCCACAAUAGUGUGACCUAAGUAAUUCUAAGGAACACCACAAUAUGUUGGCCUCAUCGGUGUUCUGGUGCUGUGGAUGUUAUAGAGAGAAACUUGUGAUUUAUAUUGUGGAAGAACCAAUGUAAAUAACUACUGAAUAUCAAUAGACAUGACAUUAAUUCUCGGUUUGGAUAAGAAUUUGGGAUCAACAGUUGUGGUCACCCUAGUAUGGUACAAAAAACACUCAGAACUUUGUUGGUUUAACCAGAGUGUUUCGGACAUGAAUUUAAUCUCAGUCUGCACUGCCUGCUCUCAAGUAUGAGACUGGGCUCUUAAUAAGGAUAUCUAAUGGACUAACAGUUGUGUAUGAUUGGUUGUUUGUUCUACCGAAGGAAACAAGUGGAAUUUCUAGUUGGUUGUGCCAGAUGUGAUUGAUGCUUUGGAGCUUACAUCUUCUACUUCCUUGAGAAGAUCAGACCAAUACACUUGACAGGUCUCUGCGUUUCAGUCUGUGUUACAGAAGCUUGUUUUAAGUUGACAAGAAGAAAUGUGGGUAAAGGCAGAAUAAAACAUUUGCUGCAGAAAGAAGAAAGUUUUUUGCAGAAUAGUUUUUAUCAACACCCUGCACUAAUGUGGUGGCCUUCAGGUACUGAUCUCACAGCUCUGUUUACAUUACUUCUUGUCCUUAUGUUUUUGCUGUUCCAGUAUAAUGUGUAACUUUGGCUUAUCCCCAAAAGUCAAAGUUUAUAGUUUAUUACUAUUAUGGAUAUUAUUAUUAUUGUUAUUAUAAUUGUGCCAUAAUCAAGAGUUUCAUCUGUUUUAUUUAUUUUUUCUUUCCUUCCUUUUUUAAUUACCAUUUACCAUUAAGUAUGUUGUGGUAUGUUACUACGAAAUGAAUAUAAAACUUAAUUACAGGAAAGAAGAUGGCUGUCUUCUGGGUUGUAGCACCAUGUAGUCUAAUGGAAGUUUACUAGUGUUUCAGGGGUCUUAGCCGCCUCCAUCAUCAGAGCAGUGAAUCCACAUAAUGAAGGCAGCAAGGGCUCUGAAACAUUAGUAAACUUCUUUCAGAUUACACAGAGCGACAGCCAUUUUUGUUUACCGCUGUGAGGACCUGAAAUCCUACUUAAUUACAGGAUAGUUUUUGUUACAAUAUGAAUUUCAUAUGAAUUCUGUUUGUCUGAAGACAUGUUAACCUUAACUGAAAUGUAAACUGUAUGCAAAAUGCUAUGUGCAUUUAAUUUAUAAGUUUGUAAUAUUAGAACCAGAUCUGUGAGACACUGUGCAGACGUUGUAAAACAGUUGAAAGGGAAUACAGGAACAAACUACACAGGUCAUCAGAUGCUUUGUUGUUAUUUGUUUGAGACAUUCUCAAUACUUUCACUAGGACAAGUGUCCUACUUUGUGGUUCAAGUAAGCAUUUAAGAAAUUAUUACAAAUAAUAUAUUUAAAUUGUUCUGUAAGUAAUAUGUUUAUAAAUAAACAAAUUUAUAAAUAAA